AUGGUCAGCGCAAUGGCCCGACAGUUCAAGCUUUACUCCUGGCUCUGUUGGGCAUCUGGCGUGUUCUUUAUCAAAAACCUCCAGUCGGGACGCAAGGAAGACGGACUGGUAUCGUGGAAGUCGUGGUACGGCGUCUACUCAAUCGGCUGUAUCCUGAGCGUCGCCGUGAUCCAGCUGUAUUUGAUCAUCUACAAAACACUGCGCAUCUACGCCAGGGUUCUUUCAUUCACCAAGUCCGUGGUCGUGGUAGGCCCCAUGAUCGUUACCACCAAACAGAUCACAAACGUCGCAAGCGCCAUUUGCGGCUCGCGGAGAAUGCUGGAGUUCUUCACAAGGUCGGCGGAGUACGAGAAGGCAACAGCAUUCGAUUGGAAAAAGUACGGCUACAGGUGUCGACAGAGCUACGUCCUGAGGCUCAUCAUAGCGGCGGGCUUUUUUGGGAUCCUGGCGGCCAACGUCUUAAUGACCAUUCGCUUGCUACGAUUCACCGGCGACUCAUUGCGCGACUACGCUAUCCAUGCAGGCAUGAUGCUUUACACAGCUUUUUUCUUCGCCUAUGACAUACUGGACCUCGCCAUUCUGAAACCAUGCUACACCGUUCUCAUCAGCUACGUUCGUCAGGAGCAGGAUGCACUCAAUUCGAUUCUAGGAAAGGGCAUAGACAAACGACCAGCCAAGAUAACGGAUGUGUCCGUACAGUUGGAGCGAGUGCGGCUGAACCUUCUCGCCAUUGCGAAGCUCAGAAAAGUUCUCAACAUGACCUGGCACUUCUCCAUCCUGAUGUCCGCUGUUGUGCUCCUCGUUGUGUCAUGCGUAACGAUCCACACAAUUUUUGACGGAGGCCUGCCUACUGACCAGUUUAUUUUGACCAUUUCCUACUGUUGCUACAUCACCGUCGACUUUGUGGACGUGACACGGCUCAGCCAAAGGAUGGCGGAUGAGGUUCUAGCGCUCAAGAAAAACCUCGUGAACGUCUCAGGUCUCCACAACUCACCGGCGCUGUUGCAACAGGUCGCCUAUCUGCACAAGGUCAUCAAACCAGAAGAAAUGUUUCUCAGCGGUGGGAAGUUUUUCAGGCUAAACAUGCCACUACUUGUGUCGCUCGCAGGCUCGGUGAUCACGUACUCCGUCAUCCUGGUGCAAACAAGUGACAGUGUGGAAAAGUUGAAGACUGCCAGCUCAAGCCUUGGCACACCUGGAGCGCAGUGAACAGCCAGUUGUCCCACAGAAAUAACGUACUUAGUCGCAUAAUGCUGUAACAUAUUUUAGCAAAAUAUUUGUGAGAAGCUAGCUGAUGCGAUAAUUACACGUGGAAAGGCUUUCGAGAGAAUCUACUGAAAGCUAAUUAGAAAAAGUAGAGUGGGUGUUAUUCGAGGUUUUCAAGUCAGCGACUGUAAGUUUAAAAAAGAAAA